CGAAAGGUGACUGGUGAUGUAAGAAAAAUUGAGGUGCCUGUGCAGAAAGAGUAUAUAAAUUUUGUACUGGGCAAACGACAUAGGAAUAUAGAGAGAAUUGAAACGAAAUCCGGAACAAAAAUCAAAGUCCCCUUUCGCCGAAAUGCUGAAGGUAAGUUAGAAUCGUUUUACAUUGAGGAUGAACUUUUUGUUAUGCAAUGAUAUUAAUUUAAAUUGUUUUUAAAAGGUUUUAGUAUAGCAUUUAUCCGUGAGAAAAAUCUGAAUGUGUAUGACAAUGUAAAAUUAAGGAGGAGGAUUGCAAGAGGAUGCAGGAAUUGCAUAAUUUUCUCUCUCUAUUUUUUGAAGUGGGUUCACUACUAACAAUCGUUUUUCCCAGUAGGAACCCCAAAUUUAUCAGCAUCUCAUACCAUAACUUAUUUUCUCUCUGACUAAAGCUGAAGGUAGAGAUACAAUCAGAUUGGAAAUAACUGGACCACCAAAAAAUUGCGACCGAGCACAUUGGCUUAUCAGACACUGUGUAGUAAGUUUUUUUGCUGUCCAUGAUUGAAAUAAAUAAAUUCUUUUUAAAUUGAUACUAAAAUAAAUUUAAUUUUACAAUUUAAGAUCGCCUAUAAGGACAAGAUUGCCAAUAAGGACAUUAGAAGUGGAUUUGGAGGCUAUUCGCAAUUUAUUUGCUUCGACUUCAAAGAUGAAAAUGAAAAGUUUGAGUUAAAACUGCCAGAUGGAAGUGCUCCCAAACUGGAUGGCUUCAUUCAAGGACAAAGAUAUAGAAUUAAAAAUGAGACUGACGAUGACUCUCAG